ACAAGAAACACUUUCAUUUCCAUUUGUUUUUGCUGCAUCUAAUCUAUUCAUUUACAGGUACCAUCUAGCAUUGGCUAUACCUAAUCAGGUUUCUGCUGAAUUUCGCUAGGGUUCGUCCCCGAACCCUUCAAAAUUCAGCAGAUGCCAUUGCUUCAUUGAUCAUCUCCUUGUGCAAUAGGUGAGUGUAUUGUGUGAAAAAAAAUUGCCAUCAAAGAAAGAGAGAUGGAUCAGUUGAGGCAGGUUGGGGAGGUUGUUGGCAGUGUGAAGGCUUUGAUGAUACUCAAGCAUGAGAUCUCCAUCAACCAGAGGCAAUGCUGUCUGCUGGCAGACAUGAUGCAGCUGGCCUUCGACAUGAUCUCGGAGGAGAUGAGGCGCAGCCUGAGGCUCGACGAGAAAGCCACCAAGUGGAAGCCUCUAGAGCGCCCGCUGAAGGAGCUCCACUGCGUCUUCAAGGAGGCCGAGUGCCAUAUCCGAUACUGCCUCGAUAUCAAGAACUGGUGGGGGAAGGCCAUCAGCCUCCAUGCGAACAGGGACUGCGUGGAGAUGCACGUUCACAACGUGCUGUCCUGCUUCACCGUUGUGAUUGAGGCGAUUGAGACGGCCGCGGAGAUCUCUGGGAGCGACGAGCGGGAGCAGCAGAGGAAGAGGGUGGCCCUCCUGCAUAAAUAUGAUCAUGAAUGUGAUGAUCCCAAAAUUUUCUUGUGGAAGUUUGGAAAGCAGUUUUUAGUACCUGCGGAGAUCAGCAGCCGGAUAGAGAUCGCGUGGCGGGAGGACAGAUGGCUGCUGUCCGAGAAAGUUGGGGAGAGGAAGGACGAGAAGAGCGAGCAAAAGCUGGCUGAGCUGCUGCUGAGGAAACUGAACGACGUGGAGACUUUGAAGAAGGUGAUGUCGAGCAGCAUCCUAGUAGGGGCCGCGGAUUACCAAGUGAAACGGCGUCUGGGGUCGGGGUACCCCAGUGGGCCGAGCCAUCUCAAGGAGAUCCAUUGGCUGGGGGAGAGCUUCGGGUUGAGGACGUUCGUUGGAGAAGUUGCGCCUUUACUCCCCGAGGUUUCUUCUCUGCUUUCGCUGUCGCAUCCCAACAUAUUGCAGCACCUUUGCGCGUUUUACGACGAAGGGAGGAAGGAAGGGUACCUUGUUAUGGAUCUGAUGAGCAAGGAUCUUGCUUCCUACGUGAAGGAGCAUUCGGGGCAGAAGAAUCGCGUCCCAUUCACUAUCCCGGUGGCUGUGGAUAUCAUGCUGCAGAUUGCGAGAGGGAUGGAGUAUUUGCACUCCAAGAAGAUGUGUCAUGGAGAUCUCAAUCCUUCCAACAUCCUUCUAAAGGAGAGGAACAGCGCCACGGGCGGUUUUGAUGUUAAAGUGUCCGGGUUUGGGAUAAGCGCGAUCAGGAGCUGCGCUUCGAGAAGCCCUAGGCCGGUUGCUGCUGAUGCUGAUAUCUGGUUGGCCCCCGAGGUGCUGGCUGAGCUCGGAGGGAAAUGCAGCGGGAGCUACUCCGAGAAGGCUGAUGUGUAUAGCUUCGGGAUGCUCUGCUUCGAGCUGCUAACGGGGAAAGUCCCGUUCGAGGACGGCCAUCUGCAAGGGGAGCAGAUGGCGACGAAUGUGAUGGCGGGAGAGAGGCCUCUUUUCUCCCGCCCUACACCAAAAUACCUGACUAACCUCACCAAGAAAUGCUGGCAGACGAGUCCGGCUCUGCGCCCGUCAUUCUCGUCUAUAUGCCGGAUCCUGCGCUACAUCAAGAAGAUCCUCAUCAUCAGCCCUGAGCACGGCCACCCACAUUCGCCUCCGCCUCUUGUGGAGUACUGCGACAUGGAGGCCGCAUAUCUGAAGAAGUUCGAAGAAGAAGGGAGCGGGAACCUCGCGCCUGUGACGCAGAUCCCGUUCCAGAUGCUGGCCUACAAGAUUAUUGAGAAGGAGAAAACCAAUAGCAAGAAAUGGGAUAUGGUCACUGAAGGAAUGGUGAAACUCCCUGCAUCAAUCUUUGAUGAGGAGCAGUUGACUGCCAUGGAUGAUCUCUUCCUUGUGCCGACUGAUCGGAAGUCGGUUUGCUCAGAUAUCAUUGACAGCAAGAACUCGGCCGUUGAUGUGGAUCUCAGGACGGUUAUAUCUGAGACGAUACACCAGAAGCCUUUCCACUUGGACUCAUUUGUUCCAGAGGCCCCAGGGAAGAGAUACACCAAAACUACAGCUGCUGAAACUAUCUCACCAGAAUUUGAUCAAAAUCUCCCAUCUGAAUCACAAGAGAGUAACAAAAGAUUACCCGAGAUCCCAGAGAAGAAAUCAUUUCCGCUUCACAAGACCAUGGAAUCAACAGCUACGACCAACGACAGCUAUGAAGAUAAGAAACUAAAAACCAUCAAGACCAAAUUCAUCCCAGAAUCUCCUAAAUCACCAAGAUGUGACGCACCAUUGAGUUCACCAGCCAGGGUAAAGAAGGUGUCGAAUUCAGCAGCCUCGUCGCCAUCACGAGCAUUUAGCAAGACAGUGGUGCAGAGUCCAAAGAGGGACGUGAAAAGAACACUACAAUCCAGGAUGAAGAGCAGCAUCUCGCCAGCAUCCUCGCCAGCCAGAGAAUUUAAAGCAAAGAGCGAGAGUUCAAUGUGCUCGCCAGCGAGAGUGAAGAAGCCCUACUCCCCGGCUUCCUCGCCAUCAAGAGGUUACAAUGUAUGCCCAUCGCCAAUCCAUCCAUCCGCUUACAACACAUAUGCUUCAGUAAUGUCAUCGCCCAUGAAUCCCAAUGCACGUCCUUCAAGACUUGCUGCUAGGCCGACUGCACUGCCUUCGGAUGCCAGUCCUCGAACCUGAAACAUAGAUCACAUACUCAGGUAGUGUGCUAGACUGUUUUGCCUUCCACACAACAUAAAAAAGAAGCGAAAAUUUUGAUACUUUUUUGUUCUUCCCUUGCUGUGUAACCAAGCCAAGCAGUUGGUGUAAGUGAGUUAUCAAUCUAAUUUGUACACUAACAGUUUAUAAUUAGAACAUAAUAUUAAUAUGUUUCUUCUUAAA